CCAAAAUCCUAUCUCCAUCUCCACCACACAAGUAGGCUCUUAAUCACAGACCCAUAUAAGCCCCAACUUUUGGUUGCUCUUCUUGCUGGAAAAAGAAAACCUUUAACGGGAUCUUGAAUAUGAUUUCAGUCAAACUUCUCGAUAUCUCUUAUCAAUCAGCAUUUGUCUCCAAUUCUUCCUGUUUUCAAAGAAGGGUACGAAGAAAAUCCAGUUUUGCACCAAUUAAAGUGAUCAAUAGACGAAAACUGGCAGUCAGAGGAGGUAGUGAAGGAGGAGGAGAAGAGAAGAAGAAUGAAAAGCGCACAUUUUUAACUCUAGAAGAAGCUGGUUUGGUAGAAAUAUCCGGUCUGGGAACUCACGAGAAGUUUUUGUGCCGUCUAACGAUAUCGUCUCUGAACCUAUUAAGGGUGAUAUCAGAGCAAGAAGGGGGUACAAUUGAAGAGCUAAAUGCAGGGAGAAUAUGCGAUUGGUUCGUGAAGGACAAGCUUAAAAGGGAGCAGAAAACAGAGUCUGCGGUCCUUCAAUGGGAUGAUUCCGAUUUCCUCCUUUGACUUUAUUUUUAGUUUCUCCUUCUGCUUUUGUUUUCCUGAAUCACUGAGUAUGGGAAUUCAGCCCACAUCUAUAAAUGAUUAUAAAUCCAAUAAUAUAUUUUUUGAUCAAUAUAAAAAGUAUAAAAUAUUUUCAGUAA